AUGUCUGCUACAGAGAAAUUGGAAAACUUAUCAAUCGACGAAAAGCGUAACGAGUCACCAACAGCAAAACAAGAAAGUUCAUCUUCUGAACAAGCUGAAGAAGUUGUCUUGGGUGAGGAUGGACAGCCAUUGUCAAAGAAAGCGUUGAAGAAGUUGCAAAAGGAGAAGGAAAAGCAAGCAAAAAAGGCCGAAAGAGAAGCACAAUUAGCCAAAGAGAAAGAGGCUAGGGAGAAGGAAGCAGCAAAUGAUCCAGCAAAAGCCAAUUACGGAAAGUUGCCACUUAUCAAUUCAUCGACCAAAUCGAAUGUAAAAAGAUCACAAAUUGCUGAUUUAUCAGCUGCAAACGAUGGUGAAAUUGUCACUCUCAGAGCAAGAGUUCAUAAAACCAGACAACAAGGUGCAACAAUGGUUUUUUUUGCUUUGAGACAACAAACCAACAUCAUCCAAGCAUUGUUGAAGACCAACAAGGAAACCGAUGACAAAGCCAUUUCAAAACAAAUGGUAAAGUGGGCCGGAGGUAUUAGUUUGGAAAGUAUUGUUUUGGUAGAAGGUAAAGUGUCCAAAGUUGAUGAAUUGGUCAAGUCAGCAACUGUUCAAGAUGCUGAAGUACACAUCACCAAGAUCUACACCAUUCAAGAAACUCCUGAGCAAUUGCCACUUUUGUUGGAAGACGCAUCAAGAACUGAACAAGAGGCUGAGGAAUUGGGAUUACCUGUCGUCAACUUGGACACUAGGUUGGAUUCAAGGGUUAUUGACUUGAGAACUCCAACCAAUCAAGCUAUUUUCAAAAUUCAAUCUGGUGUUUCACAACUAUUCAGAGAAUUUUUGUCAAAGAAGGGGUUUACCGAAAUUCAUACACCAAAGAUCAUCGGAGCUGCAUCUGAGGGUGGCUCAAAUGUGUUUGAGAUUAACUACUUUAAAGGGUCCGCAUUUUUGGCACAAUCACCACAAUUGUACAAGCAACAAUUGAUUGCAGGUGAUUUUGAAAAAGUGUUUGAAGUUGCACCAGUCUUUAGAGCUGAAAACUCCAACACUCAUCGUCACAUGACUGAAUUCACCGGAUUAGAUUUGGAAAUGGCUUUUGAGGAACAUUACGAUGAAGUUUUGCAAGUGUUGGAGGACUUAUUUGUAUUCAUCUUUACUGAAUUGAAGGAGAGAUAUGGUAAAGAAAUUGCCACUGUUAGAAAACAAUUCCCAGUCGAAGAGUUCAAAAUCAACAUGGUUAAAUUGCAUUUCAAAGAAGGUAUAGCCAUGUUGAGAGAAGCUGGUAAAGAAGUCGACGAUUUUGAAGAUUUAUCAACUGAAAAUGAAAAAUUAUUGGGUAAGUUGGUUCGCGAAAAGUAUGACACCGAUUUCUAUAUCUUGGACAAGUUCCCAUUGGCUGUGAGACCAUUCUAUACCAUGCCAGAUGCAGAAGAUCCAAGAUACUCCAACUCGUAUGAUUUCUUUAUGAGAGGGGAGGAGAUUUUAUCCGGUGCUCAACGUAUUCACGAUCCAGAGUUGUUGAAAGAAAGAAUGAGAGUACAUGAAGUUGAUCCAAAUACUCCAGGUUUGAACGAUUACGUUGAUGCAUUCACUUAUGGAUGUCCUCCACAUGCUGGUGGUGGUAUUGGUUUGGAAAGAGUUGUUAUGUUCUUUUUGGACUUGAAAAACAUUCGUCGUGCCUCAUUAUUCCCAAGAGAUCCAAAGAGAUUGAGACCAUAA